UCUGGUCCCAUGCUUCCUCCGUGCAGCCUGAGUUGUGUGAUGCUACACCAUAACUCAGGUAUACAGGUGUUUACGUGUUUAUCCGCGUGCUCUCAGUCGUUAGCGGCCGUGUAUCUGCUCUGAGGCUCGGCGAGCAGCACCGGGAACAUGGCGGGAGUCAUCCGGAGGCUCGACGAGACAGUGGUGAACAGGAUCGCAGCAGGAGAAGUCAUCCAGCGUCCUGCCAACGCUGUGAAAGAACUGAUAGAAAACUGUUUAGAUGCCAAGUCCAGCAGCAUCCAGGUGACGGUGAAAGAUGGAGGACUGAAGACGCUGCAGAUUCAGGACAACGGCACAGGCAUCAGGAAAGAAGAUAUGGAAAUCGUCUGCGAGCGUUUCACCACCAGUAAGCUCCAGACUUUUGAGGACCUGUCAGCUAUUGCUACUUAUGGAUUUAGAGGAGAGGCCCUUGCAAGUAUAAGCCAUGUUGCACAUGUUACCAUAACGACCAAAACAGCUGAUGCCAAAUGUGCACACAGAGCCAACUACAGUGAUGGCAAAAUGAAAGGUCCACUCAAACAAUGUGCCGGAAACCAGGGAACACAGAUUCUCGUGGAGGACCUCUUCUAUAAUGUGUCCACCAGGAGGAAAGCUCUAAAGAGCCCCAGUGAUGAGCACUCCAGGAUCGUAGAGGUGAUCAGCAGGUACGCCAUACACAAUUCAGGAAAAAGCUUUUGUGUCAAAAAGCAUGGACAGACUGUGGCAGAUGUGAGGACUCUUCCUAACGCAUCCGUAGUGGAUAAUAUUCGAGUCGUGUUUGGCAACGCAGUCAGCAGGGAGCUCAUUGAAGUUUGCUGUGAAGAUCCGAAGCUCGCCUACAAGAUGAAGGGCUACAUCUCAAACGCAAACUACUCAAUGAAGAAAUGCAUCCUGAUCCUCUUCAUCAACCAUCGUCUGGUGGAGUCGAGUGCGUUGAAGAAAGCGAUCGAGGCCGCUUACACCGCUUAUCUUCCCAAGAACGCACAUCCUUUCCUUUACCUCAGCCUAGAGAUCGCCCCACAGAAUGUAGACGUCAACGUUCACCCCACCAAGCACGAGGUGCAUUUCUUACAUGAAGACAGCGUCAUCGAGAGUGUUCAGAAGCACAUCGAGAGCAAACUGCUGGGCACCAACUCCUCACGCACAUAUUUCACACAAACGUUGCUGCCAGGCCUGUCGAUCUCAGGUGGCACGGAGGUGAAGUCCUCCAGCGCCACAGCAGAUUCUACUGAGCGAGUCUACGCGCAUCAGAUGGUGAGGACCGACUGUCGCGCUCAGAAACUGGACGCAUUCCUCCGGCCGAAAGAGAAGCCGUCCCCUGACCCAGAGGCAGCUGGUCCUAGCUGCAAAGAGGCCGCGAACAAAACCACCCAGCCUGACGGCGCAGAGUGGGAUGGGACGGGAGAUGCAGAUAUGCUGGAGGCCUUGGCUCAGCAGGAGGCAGAGGUGCCAAAAGGCGAAGAAGAAGAAAGCAGUGUCGGCAGUUUUGAUGCUCAAAGGAAGCGACCGAGGAAGGAGCAGCAGCUAGAAGAGGAAGAAGACGCGGACCUGACGGCUGCAGCCACGCCCAAGAGGCGAGCCAUAAAACUGAACAGCAUCAAAGAGCUGAGAGCCGAGAUCACUGAGAACACACACAAAGGUCUUCAGGAAAUGCUGCAGAGCCACUCGUUUGUGGGCUGCGUCAAUCCCCAGUGGACUCUGAUCCAACAUCACACCAAACUGUACCUGCUCAACACAACCAAACUCAGUCAGGAGCUUUUCUACCAAAUACUGAUCUACGACUUUGGGAACUAUGGUGUACUAAGACUAUCUACUCCGGCUCCGCUCUAUGACCUGGCCAUGUUGGCUCUGGACAGUGAGGACAGCGGCUGGACUGAAGAGGACGGACCUAAAGAAGGCCUGGCUCAGUACAUCGUGGACUUCCUGAAGAAGAAUGCAGAGAUGCUGCAGGAUUACUUCUCCAUGGAGAUAGACCAGGAAGGGAAUCUACGAGGGCUUCCUCUUCUGCUUGAUAAGUACACUCCUGUCAUGGAAGGUCUCCCCAUGUUCAUCCUGCGCCUGGCCACUGAGGUGAACUGGGACAAUGAGAAGGAUUGCUUCAGAGACUUCAGUAAAGAGUGCAGCAUGUUCUACUCCAUCAGGAAACAGUACAUCCUGGAGCCCGAGCCCGGAGAGGAGCAGGAUGAUGAGGCCAACUCGUGGCGUUGGAAAGUGGAACACAUCAUCUUUAAAGCUUUUCGAACCCUCUUCAGUCCGCCCAAGAAGUUCAGCGAGGACGGCACGGUGCUGCAGAUCGCCAACUUACCUGAUCUCUACAAAGUGUUUGAGAGGUGCUGAAUCUGAUGAUCACAUCUGACUGGGAAAAAAACAAACCCUUCACGCUGCUCUUUUAAUACUUGAUGUAACAUUUGUGCUGUAAAUAAAAACUAUGAAACAAAA